AUGUGGCAUGCCGUAGUGGAUGAAGUGGUACCGGCAGAAGACCCUGUUUCGCCGCUGUCUUCUGGCAAAGGAAUACGUGCCGUUGUGCCGAUAAUACCAGACGGUCGUCCUGUUUUUGUAGUCCCUUUGGCAGAUGUGAACGUCUACGAGGGCGAUCGUGUCGUUCUUCAACCUGAGAUCAGUUCAACAACGCCGUUCACUGCCACAUGGCGAGGCCCAGCCGUCCAAGCUGGGCGAGCAGAAAGCGAUGGUGGAUCCACAAGCCUGCUCAUCAGCAAGGUUACUGCGCUCGACCACGGACCGUAUUCCGUUGUGGCCAAGAACGACUGUGGUAUUGCUUCAUCGGUGUCUGUUGUCAAGGUGGUCACUUAUCCAGAUCCACCAACCUUGGUAGAUGGCCAACGCGUAGGUCGAAAUGCUCUGUUACUCAGUUGGAAGCCCGGCUCCAAAAGCGGCGUAUACUAUGGCGUUGAAUAUAAAACCGAAGAUAUGGAACAAUUCCGAUGCGUUGCGUCCGCGUUGCGUACAACCACAAUCUCCCUGCGUCACUUCCGAUCGGUUGUCUAUCAUAUCAGAGUGUUCUCCUACAAUUUUGGCCUACGCAGUCGACCUAGUGAGGAGAUCGAAAUUGAUUUUGGCAAGCCGUUUAGCCUUUUGGUGAGUAGAAUUUUUCAUAGCAUUCCCAAGAGGGCAAAGGCGAUAAACGAAGGGAAAUCGAAAAAUGUCUUUCGCUGGAAGUGCGAAAUCCUUGGCGUGUGCGGGUAUGAAAGAUGA